UCGCUUGACACUGACCAGCAAAGACUGAAGUCCAAAACCUCUGAUAGUGACAGCUGAUUAUUUUUAAGUUUUUAUUAUUUUACAGGUCUGUCUGUGAUAUUUAAAUUAACCAGACUCAAACUCAAUGCUGGGAAACCAACAUGCCUCGACAAAGUUGGAUAAUUCAGGUUUUCCUCGUCGGCUGUUUGUGGAUUCUUCCUGAUUUCUCGUCUCAACAAGGGCAGACACAAGGCAAACCAAACCCUACGAUUCCUGGCUCUCAGCAACUUGACAAACUCAGAAACUGCUUACAGGACGGAAACAUAAAUUAUGUUGUUGCUGACAACUUCUACGGCAUCAUCAAUACGACUACCCACUUCUCAGCUAAACUCUCAGGCAACAAUGGACCGAUUCCGGACGUGUUACUGAAUGUUGUUGGAAAGAUCUUGAAGGAACUCAACAACACAUUACCCAGCGAUGACCAACUGCCACCAGGUCUGAGAGAAGUAUCUGGCAAUGUUAAAAAACUGUUGGAAAACAUUGAUAAUAAUGGGAAUAAGUUUGGUGUUUCUUUGGACAAACUCAAAGAACUUGGAAAUGCUGUUGAUUUCAACAAGUGGCAAAAUCCCAUCACUCUACCACGUGGAGGAUCUGCAGCCCCCUCUGAACAAGCACCUGAAGCUGAACUGCGGCCAAUUUUCAACUUGCUAAAUCCGACUGUCCCAGUUCUCAUGAGUCUACUCACAAAAAGGGAGUCUGGUAAUAACACUAACACAAUGCUGAAUGUGCCAAAGAAACGAUUUAUUUCCAUCAGUGUAAUGAGGCAACAGUUUGAUGAAUUAUGGCAUGAAGCAGCAAUGAGUGAUUUCCUAAUAAGUAAUAGCCAAAUUAAUCAGGGAAUUGCUGUGAAUAACCCUAACCCUAACUAGAUGAUGAUUGAGAAAACCAAAUGCAGCUAAACAGAGAUUCUGUAUUUUUUAAUGUAAAUUGUCGGUUUUUGUUUUUAAACAGACAAUGACGAAAUCGUGCAAAGUGUACUUGAGAAUAUUCCAGAUCUUAUCAAGCUAUAUCUGAACCAAAGCACUGGGACCUCUGAUGUGAAAAGUCUCAAUUUGACUCGUCCUUUGAAUUGGGUCACAGACACAAUUACUACUGGAACUGCAGAAAGGCAGCAGUGUGUGAUAUUCCUACAGAAAAAUGAAUCAAAACACCAAAAAUUGUGGAAAGCGUGGCCACAAGUGAACCAAAACUUUACACUCUACAUUUCAAAACUUCUUGCCCAGAAAAAUGUGGAAAUUCGUGCUAUGAAAGGAAAGAACUGCCUAAAUUCAACUGAAUUGUGCAUGUAUGGAAAUAUGACUACAAAAGAAGUGUGUAAAUCAGGGACUGCAUAUGAUAAGAAGGCCUGUGAAAACAAAAACUACGAAGACAAGUACAUCAUAAACAUAAAUGAAAAUAUCGCCAAGUGUGUCAACUGUGACAAUCCAGUAAAAGAGCCUGAUGAGACCAUUAAAAUUAACACCACUGCUUUUGACGAUGAUGCAGGAGAAGUUGACGCAUCCAAAGCUGCAGAACUUAUGGAUAGCAUGGCAAACUUACUCUCCAAAAUGAAUGGGACUUCAGCUGAGCUGUCAGUGGCGAAAGGCGUCGAAGGCGUCAUAGUGAAGAAAACCGAUCCUGCAGAACUGAACGAGGUUUCCUUUGCUUACAAGACUCCAGCUGAAAAACUGAAAAUUGUAGAAGACUCUAAAAGUCUUGAAGCAUUUUCCAGAUCCGUCUCCGUGUCGAAGGAAGCGUUUGAAAAGGCCAUCGGUCCAAACGGCUCUCUACCAUUCGUAGCUGUUCUCCGGUUUUUGAACUUGACUCAGGAUGAGAUGAACAGCACUGUUCUUUACAACGAGGUUGUUGCAGUUGAGAUGGGAGCUCAGAUCAAGAAUCUCACCGACACAAUAAGCAUCAAUUUCAAGAAUGCAGAAUUUGACAAGUUUUAUCCAAACUGUAGCUCAUGGAACGGUGAAGGAGGAAAACCCAACUGGACUUCUGAAGGAUGUGAAACUGUAGUCGAUGGGAAAAACAUCAGAUGUGAAUGUUCGCAUUUGACGUUUUUUGCUGUUUUACUGACUCCCAUAAACCAAACCAUCUCCAGCUCUGACCUGAACAUCCUCACCAUCAUCACACAGGCCGGCUGCGGACUGUCCAUUUUCUUCCUCGGCAUAAUCCUCUUCAUGUACUGCCUGAUAAGGAAGACGAAGGCCAGCACAUCCACCCAGAUCCUCAUCCACCUGGUCUGCGCCUUGUUCCUGCUCAACUUCACCUUCGUCAUCAAUCACUUUGUGGCGAAGCUGAACAGCGAUGUGGGUUGUGAGAUAAUGGCGGCGGUGAUGCAUUACUCCAUGUUGGCCACUUUCAGCUGGUUUGCUGCACAAGGCUUCCACCUCUGUCUGCAGCUGUACAGAGGAGGGAACAUCGCGAUAAAGCGCUACCUGCUCAAAGUUUCUGUCGUCACCUGGAUUCUACCGAGCAUAGCGGUGAUCAUUAUUGGCAGCCUGAAAAAGUAUGGGAAACAGAUCAUCUACACUGAUAAUCCUGCGAACAACGUGGCGAUGUGCUGGAUCAACGACAAUAACAUCCAUUACGUCGUCAACGUUGGCUACUAUGCGGUGGUCUUCCUCUUCACCUUCACUACAGUCGUCAUCACGCUAUCCUGGCUCUUUUGUCUCAGGAGAAGCAAAGCGGCGAACCAACAGGAAACAGGAAGUGGCAGGAAAAUAGUGAUCAUCCUGGGUCUGUGUUGCCAGCUGGGAGUCACUUGGGGUUUCGCCUUCUUCGCCUACGGUUCCUUUCGGAUGAUAGCCACCUACAUUUUCACAAUCCUCAACUCAUUCCAAGGGUUCUUCCUGUUCCUCUACUACUACAAGACAACCCGAGUCGGACCAAGCAGCGCCAAUGCGAAGGGAAACUCGGACAGCACCAACACCAGCAUCAGUACUCUUAAAACCGGACUGGAGUGUGUGGUGAACCCAUAUGUGAAUUUUGACAAACAGAAAGAAACAUGAUCUGUGGCGGGACAGAGAAAACUUGCAGUGUAUCCAUGUAAAAUAAUUCUGUCUGAUUUUAUACACUACGUUUAAAAACAUUUUGAUGAUAUGGACAUUUGUAAAGAUUUCAGGUCAAUAUCGAUCGUCCUCUUCAUGAGACUGUCUUGGGAAACAGUGUCUUCAGUCAGAGGCUUUCUCUGGUUCACUGUAAUACAGACUGCUACAAGAGCUCUUUCCUGCCAACAGACAAUAACUCUUUGAAAAAUCUGAAUUAAUGAGCUACAAUAUUUAAUUUUCCUUUGGGAUCAAUAAAGUAUUUUUGAAUUUGAAUUUAACUGAAUGAAACCAGAAACUUGCUCUGUAUUAAAGCCCAACAUGUAAAAAGGUUUUGUUUUAAAUAGGAUAUUUAAUUUAUGCUUUUGAAGUAAAAUGCCUCUGCUCCUUUUAAAACUUUGACUUUUCUGUCCUCCAUUGUUUUCUGAACAGGAAACUCUCCCUCUCCAAGGGAGAGUUGCAGCUAAGAUUCAUGGUAUUUUAAAUGAAACUUUUUUAUCCUGAACAAUGUAAAUUAUUAAGCUACGUAUUAGUACAAGUGUAUGUUUCAAUCUUUCUGUGUCUCUUUAUGCAUAUUCAAGUGAAGUGGAAAUAAUAAUA